AUGGCAAAAGCUAUGGAGGUUUGGGUGGGAGAGAUGAAGAAGAUGAGUGAGAAGAUAAACCCUAGAAACCCAUUGAUGCAAAGGAAGAAGAGUACAUCUUCUGUUGUGUCCAAACAACAGCAAGGAGAAGAAGAAAGAGGACUCAAACAAAAGAAAAGAGAGAAAGAUGAAACUAUGUCCGAGCUCACUGUAUGCCUUCUCAUGGACCGUUUUGUUCCAUGGUGA